AUGUCUGAAAGUUUUUUAGAACUUAUUCUUGUGGAUUUCCACAGAAAACUUUUAAAAGCUUACGAGACCAAAGCCAAGGAAGACAUUACAGCUACGAUUCACAAAUGGAUAAUUUUCCUUUUAGAGUUUAGAAACUUAAAUUUCAGCGAAAUUAUUCAACUAAUGGAAAGGCACUCAAAUAAUGAACGCAGAUUUAGUAGUUUAAUUGGCAUUUUCUACAAAUUUCAGCUGGGAAAUAAUGAGAAAGCAGAAACAUUAUUUAACAGCACAGCAAACAUUCAAUCAAAAGACCACAUCGAAUCGCGCAAUUCACAAAAUAAUCAAAUUUUAUUGAUCGUAUAUUACGAAAAUAAAAUAAUGAAUGAAUGCAAGGUACUAGAUGAUUUUGGUGUGGAUGAGAACGACGCCUUCGAUGAUUUCAUGAAGUCAGAAGAGGAACAAGGAAACUGUGGCGCUCAAUGUUUUUUGGGACAUUACUAUGCGUAUGGUAUAGGAGUUGAUAUAAAUUUGGAGGUAUCGUUCGGCUGGUACUUAAAGUCCGCUGAAGAAGGAUUUUUUGAAGCGUUUUCUCAUGUAGGAGACUGUUAUUUAUAUGGUCGAGGUGUAGGUCAAGACGUGUACAAAGCGUGGGAGUGGUAUUCCAAAUCCAUCCAAGGAGGAAAGUUGGCUGCUAAAACAGUGUAA